UAAAUACUCGACCCCGUGCGACUGAUAGACAAGGCAAUUGCAGUUCGUAGAAACUCGCGCCUCCUCAUCCAAACAUUGGCUCGCCUUUGUACACAUUUUGCCUCAAACAAACACACUGACACUGUGAAUCAGCGAGUAGGUUGUAAAAGAAGACGUCGCCACCGGUAUGUUCUGGCUUUUGUUCUGGGCCAUUGCCCUGAUUCUCUUUGUCGUCGGCCCCAUCAUAAUCGACGCCCAAAAGCGCCGCAAGUUUCUGAAUUACUUUCCUUGCUUCAACUUUGUGGAAGACGAAACCGAGCCGCGCUCUUCCCCCUACCAUGGAAAUACUAGCUUCCAUUAUGUCCUGUCCAAAAUACAGCAGGAUGAGAUUCGAGAGUCUUUCAUCUUGGAAAAUGUGCGGAGUUUCACCAUGACUUUGGACUCGGAAAAGAUCAAGGUAAAAGAAGAAAAUGAACGGCAGAACGACGUAGCCGACGUAGAGCAAGCUAUACCAAUUGGAAAGACGUCGCCUACAAUGUCGGUAUCCAAAAAGUACGCGUUGAGGGAUAAUGAUGCCUCGAGCGGAGAUGAUGAUGACGAUGGUGGGGAUCUCCAAAUUGCAGUUACCUUGGAUGACGGCGACGGAACUGGAUUCAUAGUCAUUCCCCAGCCCGGAAUGUGCUGCCACGAGGACUUGCCCAAGGAUAUGCUUCCGCAGCCUACUCGAGACGUGCGUAACGGUUGCGCAAUUUGCCUCUGUCCGUACGAGAGUGACGAUAAGAUAACCUGGUCGAGUAAUACUUCCUGUCCACAUGUGUUUCAUCACGAUUGCAUUGUGGACUGGCUUAUGGCAUCGGGACGAAAGCAUCUCAAGCGACUCCGACGGCAGGAAGAGGGGGCGGAUGGCGCGGCACAAACGGAUCCAAUUGAACGAGUGAUUCACUUCCCGAAGCUCUGCCCGUGCUGUCGACAAGAUUUUAUAAUCACAGACAGAGACGAAGAUGAAAAGUCGGUAUUGCUUUCACCUACGGAUUCCACCAUGGGGCAAUCCCAGCCGGAAGCGAGCGCAAACAGACUGGAGAUGGAUCCACCAACUGGAGAGGAGUCCGUUUAGGACGGGGAUUUCACGGGCUAUUGUGGAUGGUUUGCAUGCGUCUAUUUGUGUGUGUGCACUAUCACACAACUUGUAUAAAAUUAGUGCGCAUGCCUCCAUAACAGACAUUGCACAGCGCGAUCUCACCAGAGUGGUCAUAGUACGCGUGCUGCGCUUUUUAUACCCAAUCAUAGACAAACUGAAAGUAAGCCAACAAUAAUGCGCCUCU